AUGUCGGCCGCCCCGUUGCCGCCGCGCGUUAAUACCCAAACAAAAGUCCUCGACACCGCACAUGGUCGGAUUCUAUGCAUAGCAGACAUUCGUGGUCGUCUUUCAGCUCUCAAUGACCUCGCUCGAGACGCGAAUGCACAAGCCAUUGUCCAUACUGGCGAUUUUGGCUUCUUUGAGGCUCCCUCACUCGAACGGAUAAAUGACCGCACCCUCCGACAUCUCACGAUGUAUUCGCCACUCAUUUCGACCUCCCAACGCACUCACCUCCUUGCCCCCGACAACCCGCCAGCUGUCAUCCGCCAGACCGUCAAUAUUUCGCUACUUUCAGAGUUCCCCGUCCUUCUUUCCGGCCAAAUAAAACUGCAAAUCCCGGUUUUCACCGUUUGGGGUGCCUGUGAGGAUGUUCAGGUCCUCGAAAAGUUCAGGUCUGGCGCAUAUGCAAUCGACAACCUCCACGUUCUUGACGAAGCCACUACACGCUGCCUUGACCUUGGUGGCGUCAAAUUACGACUAUUAGGCCUGGGUGGCGCGUUGGUUCCCCAUAAAAUGUUUGACAAUGGAGACGGACAUGCGACAAUUGCUGGUGGCCAGGGGACAAUGUGGACCACUGCCCUCCAAAUCGGAGAACUCGUCGACACUGCCCAACGUGUCUUUGAUCCCACAGAAACGAGACUCCUCGUCACCCACGCAAGCCCCGGCAGGGAAGGCAUCAUGGCCCAGCUCGCACUGGUCGUCAAAGCCGACUUGACCAUUUCGGCCGGCCUUCAUUUCCGUUAUGCUACCUCCUACAACGAGUUCAGCGUGCAAGGCGAUUUUGAAGCAUUCCGCACAAAGCUCACGCAGGGCAAGGAAGCUUUCGACAAAGUUUGGGAGAGUGUCAAGACCCAGGUUGACGCAGUCAUCGACGAAAACCAACGCGUGUUAUUAGACAAGGCCUUACAUGUCCUUGACCGAGUACCGACCGCUGGGUCUGCCGACGAGCCUGCGUGGAAAAACUGCUGGAACUGGAAUCUCUGUGAUGCCGCUUAUGGUUCCCUGAUACUGGAUGUGAAGGAGGGCCGGGUCAGUGCCGAGCUCAAGAGUCAGGGCUUCAAUUACGCGUAUCGUCGUACUGCAACUGCUUCGGUGACCACACCCAACUCGCAAACGUCCGCUUUACCGGCGGCCUCGAAAUCAUCUACUCCUGUCCCUGUCGCGCAGCUUUCAAGCGCAGCUGCAGCAGACGCCUCCAAAGACAACUCUUCAUCAUCUACACCCGCUACAAAGCCAAAUGGACUUACUCCGGCUGAGAAAGCUGAACGGGAAAAGCAAAAAAAGAAGGAUAAAAAGGAGCGGAAAGACAAAGAGCGUGCUGAGAAGGCGCAGGCUGAGAAGGACAAGACUGAGAAUGGAGAUGCAUCGACUUCUACUCCUGCCGCCGCCAAGUCUCCCGAGCCUGAAGACGUUAAAUCGCCCAUUACCGAUGGUGGGGCACGAACGCCAAAAACAAAUCGCCCACCGCGUAACCCAUGGACGAUAUUCAUGAAGUGGCCUACGGCUGUGGCACUAACGGAUGCUGAUAUCAAAGAGUUCUUUGGCGAAGCCAAGGAUGGGGAUCACCAAAAUUAA